AACUCGUACUUAACACGACGGCCUUCUUCUCAAAGGCACCGGUCUGCUGUCCGUUUCACAAUGGCCUCGCAGAACCCCAUAAAACGGAAACUGGUCAUCGUUGGCGACGGUGCCUGCGGGAAGACCUCGUUACUCUGCUCGUUUGCUCUGGGUGAAUUUCCCAAAGAAUACCAACCAACCGUCUUCGACAAUUAUGUCGCCGAAAUUCGUCUAGACGAUAAGCCUGUCCACCUUGCACUGUGGGAUACUGCAGGUCAGGAAGAAUACGAGCGUCUGCGGCCCAUGUCCUAUUCCAAGUCCCACGUCAUCCUCAUUGCUUUCGCCAUCGACACCCCAGAUUCUCUCGAGAACGUCACCACCAAGUGGAUCGAAGAAGUCAGAAGCAUCUGUGGCCCAACAAUACCUGUGAUUCUCGUCGGUUGCAAGGCGGAUCUGCGACCAGACCACCCUCCACCAGAUUCACCAGACCAGCCCUUGCCCUGGGUCACCCGCGAACAAGGCGAACGAGUAGCCAAUGCAAUUGGUGCUCGAGCUUACAAAGAAUGCUCAGCGCUCAAAAUUGAAGGCGUCGAUGAGGUCUUUGAAGCGGCCACAAGAGCAAGCAUGCUCAUGCGAGACGGUGUCCCGGCUCACGGACCUACAGAUGAUGGUGGCAGGCAUCAUCGAAGACGAAGUAGCGGCAAGGUUGCGUCACCCGACAGUGAGGACGGAAAGGGGUGGAAUUGUUGUGUCAUUUGCUGAAGAGCGACUGUUUAUGGAUGCAGUGUUAACGUGUGUCACGAGUUUUUCUGCUGUUCGCGUUUGGUUGAACCCCUCCACUUUUGUUUCUCUUCAUAUGACCGGACACGCUUUCUCUUCUUCUUUCUCAGCUUGGUGCCUUUUUAGUUCGUAUUGCUAUCGUUGAUUUAUUGUAUAUCUCUCUUAACGGCUAUCCUCAUUGCGCAUAUUCUCAAGUCCUUUUACG